CAGACACGGGGUUGUUGGUGAGGGGUUGUGUGGGUGAGGGGGUCGGCAGAUACCGGGAGAGCGGGUGGUGGCGGCGGCGGCGGCCGGUUCGCCUUGACUCGGCCGCCGUCCGCGGCGGAUCGUCUCCCGCCCGGGGCGGUGGGCCGGGGCCGGGGCCGCGCCGCCCGCCGGCCGCCACCGUCCGGCAUACGAUCGGUGGUCCCCGAGCCGCUCACUUCGCCAUGGCCUCGUGUCGUCUAGCCCUGAUCGCGCUCUGCUGCGCUGCCGUGGCGGUGCAGACACAGGCUCAGUUCUCGAACAAUCGGUUCUCCUCGCGAAGAACCAGCUCCAGCUCCUCCCCCGGAGCCAGGACUUCGGCCGAGACCCGCUCCAGCUUCAACAGCCGCAGAGGCAGCCAGCGCUCCAACCAGUUCUCCAGCCAGUCCUCGCGCGCCGGCGGCUUUAGCUCGGGACGCACCGUCUCCUCCUCGUCAUCCACGUCCUCCAACACGGGCGGCUUCGGCAGGUCCACGUUCGGCUCCAACCGGCGCGUGACCACCAACUCUCGGGCGUCCGGCGGUCGCAGCUCCCUGGGCCAGACGGGCGGCAGCGCCUCCCGCAGCAGCUCCAACAGCCUGCUGAAGCAGGAGCCCACCGUCAACUUCAACUGUCCCGAGCCCGACGGCUUCUUCGCCAACAACGAGCAGUGCGACAAGUACUUCCAGUGCACGGACGGCGUGGCCAAGGAGCACCUGUGUCCGGACGGCCUGCUCUUCCAUCCGGAGCGACCCUACCCCUGCGUCUACCCGGUGGAGGCCAGCUGCCCCCGCUCCGGCCGACUCCAGGACCCCCAGGCGACCGACGAGUGCCCGCGCCAGUUCACCACGUUCAGGUCAGCCGAUGGCGACAACUGCGCUUCCUUCACCCGCUGUGUCAACGGCCGCGCCUACCAGUCCGCCUGCAGCGACGGUCUGGCCUUCGAUGAGAACACCCUGGGCUGCCAGUUUGCCGACAUGGUCGCGGGCUGUGACGCCACAGCGUACCUGGGCUUCCAGUGUCCUCAGCGUGAGUUCACCGAGAACCAGGUGGGCGAAUUCACCAGGGAGCAGCACCCGAGUGACUGCACCAAGUUCUACGUGUGCAUCAACAAGGAGGACGGCACGGUGGCGCCGCGCCUGCAGGGCUGCCCGGAGGCGUCUGUGUUUGACCCGGUCAAACGGCAGUGCACCACCGAGCCCGAGCAGGUCCCUGGAUGCGAGAACGCGAUCCCUGAGGAGGUGCUGGCCGCCUUCCGUCAGCGAGACAGUGACGAGAAGGAGCGGCGGGCUAACCGGCUGGCCGAGCUCCGAUCCAAGCUGCAGGGCUGAGCUCCGAGCCAAGGCGGGGAGCUGAGCUCCGAGCCAAGCUGCAGGGCUGAGCUCUGAGCCACGGCGAGGGGCUGAGCUCUGAGCCACGGCGAGGGGCUGAGCUCUGAGCCACGGCGAGGGGCUGAGCUCUGAGCCAGGGCCGGGAGCUGAGCUCCGAGCCAAGGCGGGGAGCUGAGCUCUGGGCCACGGCCGGGAGCUCGCCGGGAUAAAAGGCGGUUUCGGGAGCUCGAAGCCGAUCAAAAGGAGCUCCGAGGGCGGCAUGUCAGCAUCAAAACAAAAGAAAGAAAAGGGCAGUCAUGGCAGCUUUUUAUUGUCCUGUAGAACUGUACGACAACCUAAUAGAACUGCGCCAUAGGAUAAUCAACGGACGUUAGUAGACAAACAGUGCCGUAGUCGAGCCUCUGUGUGUGUAUUUUCUAAGACAUUGGAAAACAAAUUUCGGGGAAAUUAUUACAUAAAGGAUCGUUUGAGACCAUGUUGUCGCUCGUUUUAUGGCACAAUAAGUUAUGAAUUUUACGAAAAGGAAAUAUUAAUGAGGUGCUCAUUUUGAGUUCAUUUUUCAUUAUUCACUCACGUAGGAACCAAGACUAUCCUACCGAUUUCAACUCAUUUACAUAUGUUAAUGGGCAUGAAAUAUAUGCUACCCCUUCACGUUUCAGCAGGAUGUGUGAAUAAAAUUGGUUGGUAUGCAUA